AGUAUAGUAGUAUGUGUAAGAGAGUUUGAAUAAAACGGAGGUGAGUUUGAAUGAAACGGGAGAGAGUUUGAAUGAAACAGAAGUGAGUUUGAAUGAAACGGAAGUGAGUUUGAAUGAAACGGGAGAGAGUUUGAAUGAAACGGAAGGGAGUUUGAUUCCUCAGUUCCUGAUUGGCUGACAGAAGAAGCGGCAGCUUCUGUUCUGGCGGUCAAAAUACUGCGCCACUUUUGCACUCGCGAUGGAUAGAGAGAGACUCACAGAAGCUGUGGGUCUACUUAACAACAUUUUGGGAACUGGUGAGACAUUGUCCACCAUCUCUCAUCAAUUAAACCAGGCCCAGCAGAGCUCUGAGAUGCAGAGAUUAUUCAGGGGUUAAACUGCAAAUCCAGGCCCUGGCGCUUCUUGUUCUACCGGAGGACCCCGUUACCAAACCAGACAGAAUUUUGGCGGCUGGCCGUCGAGAUCCACCAGGAGGAGACCUUCUACCCCAAACCACCCUACCUUCCUAAAGGAUGUGAUAUUGUUACCAAGCUCAUCUUGGGACCUAGUGUGUAAACAUAAAACACGGAGAAAACUACAUGAUAGAGGCUUCAUAUUGAAUGCUUUCGAAAUACACAAGUCCAGGAACAGCCGGACUGUCAUCAUGGAGAUAGAGCAAGCCUUUAAAGAAAAAAUUCCUAUGGAUACAAGUAUUGAACUGUUGAUGGCUUGUGGGAGCAAGCUGGUUGCUCCAAAGCUGCACAGCGGUCAAGAACUUGGCGGCCUUAUGCUACACAAGAUCUUCAAGGCAAAGGCUCUAUAUGUGAGGCCAUCAAAUGAUCUAUGUAAGUUGGACAGCACAGACUCCGAGGACAGUAUGGAGUUGGAUGAAGAGGACAAUAGGUCAGCAUCCAAUGAGCACAGUAUGACUACUAGGGGAAGGAACCGCAGAAGUCAUACGCAGGUUCCUGUCGAAACAAGGGCUAGAGCCAACCAGCCCCCACCACAAGUGCCCCCUGACCAGCCCCCACCACAAGUGCCCCCUGACCAGCCCCCACCACAAGUGCCCAGUGACCAGCCCCCACCUCAAGAGUCCCGUUACCAGCCCCCACAACACGCGCCCCGUUACCAGCCCCCACAACACGCGCCCAGUUUCCAGCCCCCAAAACAAGUGCCCAGUGACCAGCCCCCACCUCAAGAGCCCCGUUACCAGCCCCCACAACAAGCGCCCAGUUACCUGCCCCCACCACAAGUGCCCAGUGACUUACAAACUGACAAUUCAUUGAGCCGGUCCGCACUCGUCAGUGACAAUUAUGUCCUCUGA